GAAGCGCAGAGACACACAGACACACACACAUAGAGAGAGGGGGAGUCAGUCAUUGGAGGACCAUGACAGUCCGGAGCGGGAGCAGGAAGAAGCACUCUGAAACCUAAAACCUUCACCUGCGGCUGAUGGGCGGGAAACAUGCGCCCUGACAGAGAUUCACGCAGCGGGACCUCACUCGCUCCUGCACCGACACCUUCACGGAGCUCACACGUUCCUGCGCGUCGACCGGGACGCGAUGUUUAGACGCAGACGAUCGGCAGAGCCCCGCGGAGUUUGGCCGUGUGCUCCGUAGUCUGUCCGUCAGAUGACACGUUGUUGAAUCGGGAGACUCAGCGGUGAAUUAAAAAAAAAAAAAAAGAAAGAGAAAAACUAAACAAACAGGAGGAACGCGAAUGUAGUCACCGGCCACGUCGCCAGCGUCUUCCCUGCGGACACUUUCGGCUUCCUCGCGGUGUCGUGUGGGCAAAGUAGCCCAAAGGGGGUGGAUAGGAUGCAGGUGAAGAAGCACCGGGACUCGGACCGGAGCGGCGGGGACAUGCUGGAGGCGGACGGACCCCGCAAAAACUCCUCAUGCUUCUCCAAUAUCAAGAUAUUCCUGAUAUCGGAAUGCGCCCUCAUGUUGGCUCAGGGCACCGUCGGAGCAUACCUGGUGAGCGUGCUGACCACCCUGGAGCGGCGGUUCAACCUGCAAAGCGCUGACGUGGGGGUGAUCGCCAGCAGCUUCGAGAUCGGCAACCUGGCAUUGAUCCUGUUUGUCAGUUACUUUGGGGCCAAAGCACAUCGCCCCCGACUGAUAGGCUGCGGGGGCAUCAUCAUGGCGCUUGGCGCCCUUCUCUCAGCUCUCCCGGAAUUUCUUACCAAUCAGUACGAGAUAAGGGCUGCAUGGAGGACUGACGUGGGUCGGGAUGCUUGCUUCAACACCAGCAGCAGGGAGGCUCAAUUGGCAGAGGACGAUGUGUGUAACAAAAAGACCAACACCAACAUGAUGUACCUGCUGCUGAUCGGAGCCCAAGUGCUGCUGGGGAUCGGAGCCACACCGGUGCAGCCUCUAGGAGUGUCCUACAUCGAUGAUCAUGUGAAGAAGAAAGACUCCUCACUCUAUAUAGGAAUCCUCUUCUCCACGCUGGUGUUCGGUCCUGCCUGUGGCUUCAUCCUCGGCUCCCUCUGCACUAAGUACUAUGUGGAUGCCAUCUUCAUUGACACAGAUAAGCUGGGCAUCACUCCAGAGGACCCGCGGUGGAUCGGGGCCUGGUGGGCCGGCUUCCUCCUGUGCGGUGCCUUACUCUUUAGCUCGGCGCUCUUCAUGUUUGGCUUCCCUCAGUCACUGCCGAGGGAGGAGGGGGCAGAAAACGAGCAGGUUAUGCUUCCUCCCUCUCAUACAGACUACACAGAGACUCCAAAGCCCAGCAACGGGGUCGUAUGCAGCCAAGAGCCGGCGAACAGCCCCACCUGCUGUCAGCAACUCAGGGUGAUUCCCAAGGUGACCAAGCACCUCCUGUCGAACCCGGUGUUCACCUGCAUCGUCCUGGCUGCGUGCAUGGAGAUCGCCGUCGUGGCCGGCUUCGCAGCCUUCCUGGGGAAAUACCUGGAGCAGCAGUUCAACCUCACCACCACCUCAGCCAACCAGCUGUUAGGUAUGACAGCUAUUCCGUGUGCGUGUCUGGGGAUCUUCAUGGGCGGUCUGCUGGUGAAGAAGCUGAACCUGUCGGCGCUGGGGGCCAUUCGCAUGGCCAUGCUGGUAAACCUGAUCUCCACCGCCUGCUACGUCUCCUUCCUCUUCCUGGGCUGCGACACGGGUCCCGUCGCUGGGGUGACGGUCCCAUAUGGCAACGAAACUCUGCGGGUGGGCGAGAAACCAGAGGCUCAGUGCAUCAGUCACUGCAACUGCUACACCUCCUCCAUCAGCCCCGUGUGCGGCUCCAACGGGAUCACGUAUCUGUCCUCCUGCUUCGCCGGCUGCACCCGACGAGGAAACAGUCAAACAGCAUCUAACGGCACUAAGAAUCUGACGGGAUGCGGCUGCAUAUCAACCGAGAGCGAGUACGCCACGGCGGUUCCCGGGAAGUGUCCGAUGCCGGGCUGCCAGGAGUCGUUCCUCAUCUUUCUGUGUGUGAUCUGUGCCUGCAGCCUGGUCGGAGCCAUGGCCCAGACGCCCUCCGUCAUCAUCCUAAUCAGGACCGUGAGCCCUGAGCUGAAAUCAUACGCACUCGGAGUGUUGUUUCUUCUGCUGCGACUCCUCGGUUUCAUCCCUCCGCCGCUGAUCUUCGGUGCUGGGAUCGACUCCACUUGCCUUUUCUGGAGCUCGGACUGCGGUGAGAAGGGCGCCUGCCUGCUGUACGACAACGUGGCUUACCGGCAUCUGUACGUGAGCCUCGCCAUCAUCUUGAAAGGCGUUGCCUUCCUCCUCUACGCCACCACAUGGUAUUGCCUUCACAGGAACUACAAGAAGUACAUUAAGACUCACGAGGGCUACAUGACCACGACCGAGUUUUACCCCUCACUCACGGACGGCCCUAAACAAGUGGACCGGACAAAGUUCAUAUAUAACCUAGAGGACCACGAGCUUUGUGAAAAUAUGGAGUCAGUUUUAUAGUUUGUGAAAAAGCAGGAAAAAAGGACAACGUGGACGUUCAUAUUCUCUCAGGGGAAUAUUUGAUGAUUUUAUUUGUCUUUUCUUGAAAAGAUGAAAUAAAAUGUUGUUUUUUUUCAAAGCAAUCUAUUUAAAGCCGUAGGAGACACGUCCUCUGUAAACGUUUGAAAGGGUCCAUUGUAGUUGUUUACGAUCAGCGAGGUGUCGUCGUGUUGCCGGUGAAUUCCUGUGUUGACUUGGUGGUAGUAAAACCUCUACAGUACUGUCAGGCUCAGUCCUAGUUGAUUAUUAGUGAGCGGGCGAGAUGCUGCGAGAAAGAUAGUUGCCAUAUUUUUUUAGGUCAUGAUCCCAGUGAUCUGUGUGGAGACAAUAAUUAUUCUCCUUUCAGUCAGUGCACUGUGUGUUCUGUCUGUCGCUCUCAGCAGCAAGAUAUGUUUGAAAUAAAGCGUUUGGGUGGUUCUUUACCAGUUAUUCAUAUUUAAAAGUUGCCAAGUGUUUACAAAGGAAUAGUUGAGAUCAGUGAAUGCAUUUUACUUUGAUGCAGGAAGUUUUCUUACUAUAAAAAGAGAACAGAAACACUGCCGGGUUUAUUAUAGUGGCCUAUUAGAUGUUUUAACCGUCAGAAAGUCGAGAGGAAUAACUUCAUACAAGAGUGUGUCGAUGUCAUCAUGCACUGUUCAGUUUCUUGUUCUCUUGCUGGAUCAUGGCACCGGCACACUGGUGCAAAUGUGCAAUUCCUCUUUAAAAUGUCCAUGUUUGUUUCUCGUCUCAUGUCAGACUGCAGGCUUGUUUCAUUUCCAUGUUUGUUUUUUACAUCUGCAGAGUUUAUUCAGCCUAAUAUGUCUUAAUAAGGGAUUAUUCAAUUAAGAAUUAAGAAUGUUUAUUUUCUUUUCACUUUUGCACCUAGUGGGAGAGCUUAGAUUAAAAAAAAAAAAUUAAGAGUAAUAUCUUUUAUGUUUUGACAUUAACAGAUAAGGAGUAAUAUAUUUUGAUUUCAUUUGGCCCAGAAUGUUUCAUUAGACUGUGUUUGAAAGGAUAAAUGAUAUAUAUAUAUAAGAUUAUAUUAUAUUUGUAUAUAUAUAUAAUCUAAUCUUGGGAUGUGUUUCUGAAGGUUUUUCGACAGUUUAUAUUAUGUUGCAUUAGUGGGGAUAAAAAGACACACUCACAGAAUCUGUGUCUUCAUACUAGGUCGUGAUGUUUGGGGUAAAGGACGCUACAGGAAGCUGCGUGUGCAAACUAAGCAAACAACACUGAAUAUGUUCCCGGACGUCGCUUUGACGCAUCUGGACAAAUACGACCUGCUCCUCCACUGAUCUCUCUGCAGUUACAGUUUUGAAUUAGUCCGUUUUCUUACACUUUUUGUAUGGCAACAUAUCAUUUAUUUUACUCUGGAAAUAAAUAAUUUUUCAGAAAAUGUA